ACCUGGCCCUGCAAGUCCCCUGUCUCGUUUCGCUCACUCAAUCACUCACUCUCGUCCUUCCGUCCCGCCCCAUUUGCCAGAGCUACCCAUUCUCUCUCUCUCUCUCUCAUUCAGUCGCGGAGGGCGUCACACUCUGCUAGACCUCUCCCUUUCUUUCUUUCUCUCUUUUCUCCCUCGUGUUGCUACGUUCGCUGCAUGCAAUUGCGGCGGGGUAUGGUGAGGCUCCGUGGGCAGGGGCCAGGUAUGGCGAAUAUUGAGAUCAGAAGGCCGUUGCCUUGGAGGUGAACAACGGGACGGGGUUCAAGGGAGGAGGAGGGGGAGGGAGGGGGGAAAGGGGCUUAGGAAGUAGCCCAGGUGAUGGCACAAGGCGGAUGAGAAAAAAAAUAUCAUUGCAGGAAGAGGAGCAGGGAGGAAGAAAGGAUUGACGGGACGGCUGUGGACAGGGGCAGGUGUCGUCGUCGUCGUCGAACGCGCGAGGGAGUAGGGCACUCGCGAUGGGGGAUAACCCUAGUCAGAAUCAGAGUGGAAUGGGCAAACGAGUGUAUCAAGUUUGGAAAGGCAGUAACAGGUUCUUCCUAUGCGGGAGAUUGGUUUUUGGUCCCGAUGUAAGAUCGCUGGGGGUCACAGUUUUCUUGAUCGUGGCGCCGGCAGUCUGUUUCUGUGUUUUUGUUGGUCGUCAUCUGCUUCAUCAUUUUGAUAAUAAUGGAGGAAUUGCAAUUGUUGCAGUUACUGUCAUCAACACAGCGUAUGUACUGGUCUUGCUGCUAUUGACAUCAGGAAGAGACCCAGGGAUUAUUCCUCGUAACACUCACCCCCCUGAACCUGAAGAAGACUUUGACCCCAGCACCUCUCCAGCGGACUGGGGAGGGCAGACCCCUCGUUUACGUCUGCCACGAACAAAGGAUGUCACGGUCAAUGGGGUCGUCGUGAAAACAAAGUACUGUGACACUUGCAUGCUUUAUCGUCCACCGAGGUGUUCUCACUGCUCCAUAUGCAACAAUUGCGUUUUACGAUUUGAUCACCACUGCCCUUGGGUUGGACAAUGUAUUGGUCAGAGGAAUUAUCGAUUCUUCUUUAUGUUCGUGUCAUCAACUUCACUUUUGUGUGUGUAUGUCUUUGCAAUGUGCGCAUUGUACAUAAAAAUCUUGAUGGACGAAGGAGGUCGCACGGUGUUGAAAGCUCUUUCUAAGUCUCCAGCUUCAAUUGUUCUUAUGGCGUAUACCUUUAUAUGUGUAUGGUUCGUGGGCGGACUCACUGUGUUUCAUCUGUAUCUCAUAGGCACAAACCAGACAACCUAUGAGAAUUUCCGGUAUCGUUAUGAAAGCAAGGAAAAUCCUUACAAUCGAGGAUGUCUUCUUAAUUUCAACGAAAUUUUCUGCUUCAAGAUUCCGCCUUCCAAGAAUCGGUUCAGAAGUAGAGUGCAGGAAGUCACUCCGGGAUCGAUGGGUAUUACUCAACAGUCGAGGGAUAUGGGAGAAAUGCAUGGAUCGAGUGCUGGUAAAGCCCCUGAUGUGGAACAGGGAUACAAGCCUACUUGGCCACAUGCCGAAGACAUGGUCGGAGAGGGGGGUGAGCUGGAGAUGGCUGGAGGUCGGGUUAGCACUGGGAGUGAAUGUGGGAUGGAAAUGAAGGAUAGUUUCGACCCACGCCCUUUUGAGCAAGGGCGUCCAGCUGUAGCCCACCCACGUCGCUCUAGCUGGGGCCGAAAGAGUGGUAGCUGGGAGAUUUCUCCUGACAUUUUGGCCAUGUCUACUGGUGAAGCCCAAAACCACCGCGGUCGUGGCCACGUCCACGGUCGUACGAAUGGGGAAACAACGCCUCCAAACAAUCGAUGACACAGGUGCGCCUUUUUCUGAGCCAUAGACGACCGCAGAGAAGGGGAUGAAUCGUGUAGAGAUGAAUUGUAGGAAUGGGGAGGGUGGAAGGGGGAUUUGAGACGUCGCUCGGAUCUCUUCGAGGUAAUCCACAUCAUGAGUGAAGUUGGGUGGAUGACAUGCUGUUGUAGAAUAAGUUCCAUGGAUACGUUGAUAGAAUGAAGAUGCACAUGCAUCACCUUUGAGGACAAUGAUUUGCCAAUCAUGAGCAAGUUCAAUUUGACUGGCGAGGGACUGGCAAGUGAUGUUCAUAGCAUUCUUGGCGUUGGUGAUUCUGACUCAAAGCAGCAGACGAUUCACUGACCCUUUGUUCGAAUCUGCAACUAAUGGAGGUUCCUGGUCUGGUUUUGUGUUUGGUUUUAACACAAACACCAGGAGUGUAUCCUGUUGUUCUGGAUCCCCGAUUGGAUGCUGGCUUUACUCAGGUAUUUUAUGUAAGGUGGUUCUACUCUUAGUGCACAAUGUCUCAGUGAUUGUAUUGUAUUUUCCGUUAUUAAUUUGACAAAUAUGUUGGCCCACAACCUGCAUCUUCAGUGACUUUAUUCA